AUGCCGAUCAGAUCAAAUUUCCCUGAUCUCGAUCUUCAGGUCACAGAUAUUUUCUCCUUCCUCUUCAAUCGAAAGGAUAGACCCUUUCCUGACAAUCAAGUCAUUUUUCAAGACGCGGACAAUCUCGACCGCCAAUACACUUUUUCCCAGAUUAAACAAUCCAGUAUUGACUUCGGCAAGGGGCUGAGAGCAAACCAUGCAUUUCGCAAAAGCGAUGUGCUAGCUUUAUACGUCCCUAACGACAUCGAUGUUGCUCCGGUCGUCUUCGGCACACUUUGGACCGGCGGCAUUGUCUCUCCUGCAAAUCCAGGCUACAGGGUCCCCGAAUUGGUGUAUCAGCUCAAAGAUUCCGGUGCAAAAGUGGUUGUGACGCACAUGAGCGUGCUCGACAAUGCGAGGAAAGCAUGCAAGGAAGUCGGAAUCCCCGAUUCCUAUAUCAUCAUCCUAGGGAAAGACCGUGACCCAACUCGAACAUUCAAACACUGGACUCUAGUCCGUAACUUCGAAGGCACAGCUCGAUACCGAACUCCCAAGAUAUCCCCCAAAACCGACCUCGCUUUUCUGGUAUACUCAUCCGGAACAACAGGCAGACCCAAAGGCGUCAAGCUCACCCACUUCAACAUGACGGCGAACGUCCAGCAGGUCAACGGCGCUGAACCCUGGCUGUCCUGGAACGGCUCCAUGGCUGUGCCUGGCAUCCCGGAUCCGCCGAAGGGCAAAGGCGACAAGAUCCUAGCUUGCUUGCCAUUCUUCCAUAUCUACGGCCUCAAUUGCUUAGUGCAUUGCCCGAUCUACACGGGCGCGCACACCAUGGUGUUGGCACGAUUCGAUCUGGAGAAAUGGUGCCGUCUCGUUCAAGACCAUCAAAUCACAUUCAGCUACAUCGUCCCACCCAUCGUGUUACUCCUGUGCAAGCACCCAGCCGUAGACAAAUACGAUCUCAGUUCCCUCCGCAUGACGAACUCCGGUGCCGCGCCUCUGACACGAGACCUGGUCGAAACACUAUUCAAGCGUAAAGGCGUACGCGUCAAACAAGGCUAUGGCCUAAGCGAAACCAGCCCGACGAUCUUCAUGCAACGGUGGGAAGACUGGCUCAACACCGUCGGCUCAACUGGGUGGAUGGUCCCGAAUCUCGAGGCGAAGUUCUGCGCCGUACCGGGAGCGGGCGAAGAAUCCGACGGCACCAAAGAACUUCCCGUGGGACAAGUCGGAGAGCUGUACGUGAAAGGCCCCAACGUGUUCACAGGCUACCACAACAACCCCUCCGCGACGGCCGAGUGUCUUACAGACGGCUGGUUCCGCACCGGCGACGUCGGCUUCCUCGACGCCCAAGGAAACUUGACAAUCACCGACCGCGUCAAAGAACUCAUCAAGUACAAAGGCUUCCAAGUACCUCCGGCAGAAUUGGAGGGCUAUCUCGCGAAUCAUGAACUCAUUGAUGACGUCGCCGUCGUGGGUGUUGACAGCACCGAACUCGGCACUGAAGUCCCUCGGGCCUACGUUGUGCGUAAAGGGGGCUUGUCCGCUGUUCAACCUAAUGAUGCCGAAAUGAUUGUCAAUUGGUUAAACAACAAAGUGGCGAAUCACAAGAAAUUGCGUGGAGGGAUAAAAUUUGUUGAGGCUGUGCCGAAGAGUGUGUCGGGCAAGAUUUUGAGGAGAGUCAUUAAGGAGCAAGCUAAGAAGGAGUUGAGAGAGGAGGAAGAAGCUAGGAUGUACGAGAAGAGAGCGGGUAAGGCCAAGUUGUGA